GCUCAAUGAAUUGACAGAGCUCCUAGCUCCGGCAGCCGCAGCAGCAGCAGUGAGAAGUGAGACUAUAGCCUCUGCUGCUGCUGCUACAUUGCUCUACAUUGUUUUAGGAGGCAAAUCAAGAAGGUUUAUUUACAUCACACUCCUCUUGUACUGAACAUGUGCUGAUUUGCAGAGAUGGAAAUACAGUACGUAUACGGAAGCUAUUAGCCCUAUAAUUGCUGUCUGUCACUAUGACAACAAGCCGCUGCAGUCACCUGCCUGAGGUCUUACCAGACUGCACUAGCUCAGUACCCUCUGGAAAGACAGUGGAAGAUUGUAGCGGUCUUGUGAAUGGACAGCCACAGUAUGUCAUGCAAGUUUCAGCAAAGGACGGUCAGCUGCUGUCAACAGUAGUACGGACUCUAACCACGCAGAGCACUUUCAAUGACCGCCCAAUGUGCAGGAUAUGCCAUGAAGGAAGUAACCAAGAGGACCUUCUCUCGCCAUGUGAAUGUACUGGAACACUAGGGACAAUACACCGCAGCUGCCUGGAGCACUGGCUUUCAUCCUCCAACACCAGCUACUGUGAACUCUGUCACUUCAGGUUUUCUGUUGAGCGCAAACCAAGACCAUUAGUAGAGUGGUUGCGGAACCCUGGUCCACAGCAUGAGAAGAGGACACUGUUUGGAGACAUGGUGUGCUUCUUGUUCAUAACACCGCUUGCCACCAUCUCAGGAUGGCUAUGUCUGCGAGGGGCGGUGGAUCAUCUGCACUUCAGUAGCCGGCUAGAAGCAGUUGGACUUAUUGCACUCACUGUUGCACUCUUUACUAUUUACCUCUUUUGGACACUUGUGUCAUUUAGAUACCACUGUAGAUUAUACAAUGAAUGGCGUCGGACCAAUCAGAGGGUUAUUCUGGUGAUCCCUAAAUCGAUCAAUUUACCUUCCAAUCAGCAGUCGUUAUUGGGGCUGCACUCGCUCAAACGGAAUUCGAAAGAGACUAUAGUGUGAUGAGAUCACCUGGGACUUGUCUGGCAGUAAGAUGCACUAUAGCACUAUCUCGUCUCAUCGUCACUUGGACAUCAUUCACAGACUGUUAGCCCUAACGUGGAUAUGUAAUCUCCAUUUCCUGGAAAACUUUAUUUUAAUUUAAGCAAUGAACGCUGCAAAUAUGUGUUUGCUAACUUGCCAAACCUGUUCAUUUAGCCGGUGGUAUCUUGUGUACCCUUCUGAACUGCAGCAGCCUUUACCUCUCUGUUUUGUUUAUCUUAUGAUAUUAGAAGUAAAAGUACACUUUUAUACUCCAUAGUUUUUUAUUUUUUAAGUCCUUUUUUUUAAUAGCAGUUUAUGGUAAGAUGUGUGUGCUGUAUUGCCCACCCAGAGUGCAUCAGUUGUUUGGGCUGAACCAAUAGUAAUGCAGCACUGUAAUCCUACUUGCCUCCUUUCCCAGAAUGCCUGGCAUAGUCACAAAUACCCAGGACUUCCUGUGAACUUGACUGAGGCGAAUGUGGGCAGGCCAGAGAAGGGGCUUAUGAUACGCAUUGUAUGAGUGAAUGCUGGGAGGUAUAUACUGGUGCAGUCACUGGUUACCUCAUCCCUGGUGAUGUCGCUGGUCCCUAGAGAAUUAGCCUUGCUAGCUAUUGGUUCAGUGCCUGCCUCUGCGCUGUGUGGGCAGGAUGUGCACAAUAAAGGUCUGUUCCUGUACAAAGUGAAGGCAGAACAUUUAGGGGUCUGGUAUAACAUAUAGACAGUCAAAAGGUCGACAGGGUCAAUAAGUCUGUUACACAAAGGGGGCGACCCGGCACUGGUCUAAAAAUGGUUUUUGAUUACAGAGAACCCAAGAUUGGACAAUUUUUAAGUAAAUCUUUAAUAUAAUGUCCAGUUUGGGGGUGCGCCCAGAGCCAGUGACAUAUGCAUAAACAAAAGGGAGAAAGAAGAAGGCUCUUGUG